AUCAACGUCUGCAGCUGGAAAAGGGUCCCGGCGCCCAAGGCUCCCACGGACCCCACGCCUGUCAGCGCGGGGCCGCUAGAAGAGGUCUCUGGCGAGGGAGACGUUUACAGCAUUAUAGAUAUUGCAUAUAACCCAGAUGUUCUUCAGAGGGGAGAAGAAAACCCAGAAAAAAUGGAGCAUUUGAUCCAUUUGACACUUAAAUUCGUUGAGGAACGAUACAACCUUAUUCUUUCUUAUUUGUACACCAUUGAAUCAUUCAAAUUGAAAGGAAGCCUGGAAAUGAUGCAGCAACGUCUGAACGGCAGGCAGAUGCCAACUCCACAUCUCAGUCUGAACAGAAAGAAGGAACUGACACUUGCUCAGCUGCUACACACUAUGGAAGCUGAGAAUUACAGCAACGCUCCUGUGCUGCUGAAGGAAGAAAGUGUGACACAGUCUACAAUGCAUCUGAUAGAGGAAAUUAACAGUACCGAAAUGUCAGAGAAGCUGAGUACCCCUGGCUAUGAAAUGAUCACCGUGAAGGAUGCAAACAAGAAACCAAUCAAAAUUGAACUAAAAAUUGAAUUGCCUAAGGUUAGCUCUGUUUCUGAGUGUGAUCUGCAAAUUUCAAAGGAUGACAUAAUCAUUGAAGUCCCUGAAAAAUACAAAUUGCAACUAGAUCUGCCAGAAUUGGUAGAUGAAGAAACAACUACAGCAGUAUUUAACAAAGGAAAACGGGUAUUGUUUAUCACAGUGCCAGUUGCCAAGACAGAUCCGUGA